AUGACAAGUGGCGAUUCUGUGAAGGACAUGACAAACAAGUUUGACAAAAUGAACAAGUUUGAAGGGCAAUAUUUCCAUAGAUGGCAGAAGAAGAUGCACUUUCUUCUUACUACUCUAAAUGUGAUGUAUGUUCUGAGUACACCCAUGCCAAAAUUUGCUGAAGAUGAAACUUUGGAGGCAACAAGAAGAAGAUCAAAGUGGGACAAUGAUGACUACAUCUGUCGUGGUCAUAUUCUCAAGGGUAUGUCUAACUCUUUGUUUGAUAUCUAUCAAAAUGUUGAAACUGCAAAAGAACUGUGGGAUUCUCUUGAAUCCAAGUACAUGACUGAAGAUGCUUCAAGUAAGAAGUUUCUUUUUGCCCAACACAAUCUGAAAAUGGAUGAAGCCAUUUAUGUGGCUGUGAUUGUUGACAAAACUAUCCCUUCUUGGAAAUAUUUUAAACAUAAUAUGAAACAUAACAAAGAGAAAUUAACUUUGACUCAAUUUGGAAGCCAUUUACAGAUUGAAGAGUCCUUAAGGACUCAAGAACUUAAUAACAAUCCUAAAGGUAAGAACCAAGUUGGUUCCUCUUCUGUGAACAUGAUGGAAGGAGAAAGUUGA